CAUCUUAGGUCCGGGCAGAGGCCUCCCCUUGCGCGGCCUGGAGGGGCGGCGAAUAGCGCAGAGGGGGCGGGGCGAGGAGGCCCCCCCCCGCCUCGCGGCCCCGCAGCCCUUCCCGCCAAAACCGCACGGCUGGGGGAGGGGUUCCUUGGCUGAGGGGGCGCCCCAGUGCCCUGUCAGGACGGUGUCGCGGCUCACAGUUCUUUAUUAUUAUUAUUAUUAUUUUGUGUUUAUUGAAAAUAUUUCCGUACCGCCCAGAACGUGCGUCUCUGGGCGGUAAAGUCAUUUAAACCAUCAAAUCAAUUAACAGUUAAAACCUGCUGCUCCGUUUCUGUCCCCUCCUCGACCAUCCCGUCUGGCUGCGUUUUUCUCCCUCCUCACCUUUUCCAGCUUCGGCCUUCCGGUCUCCAGCCGCACCUCUUGCCGGCAUCUUCUCCCAUUUUCAGAGUGAACUUGAGCAUGAAACUCAUCCACUUCCUCUCCUUCUGCGUCAGUCGUUGGGGCAGAGACUUGAAGAACCGCCAUGUUGAAGGGUGGUUGUCCACGGAAUCUCAUCGAUAUUUGUCGGCCAAAGACGGUUGUAUUUAUCUCUCUAUCCUUCCUGACGACGAAAGCAACACCCUUCCUUCUUUGUUGCUCCUGUCCGGAGCAGGGAGCGAUUUCCUGACUGAAGGUGUCCCGUUCCAGUCCAUUCCAGUCCACUGAUGCCCGAGAUGUCCAUCUGUAGUAGACUCGUUUCAUCUUUCCUAGUGUGGAGGUUUCCCACCUUCUUGCUUCCCACAUUCCCAUUGUAAUUCUGUCUUUGCAGCUUGGGAUUUUCUUUCCCGGCAUGGCAACAUCAGCUGCUAGAGGUCCAAAAGGUUUUCGCCUGACCGCCUCAUAAACACCACCAAUACUGAUUGCUGGACAUUGCACAUCUUCUUCUCCCCAGUGAUGUUCCUCAUGGAUAGUCUCCUGCCCUUCCCCGAAGAAACAGGGCCUGCACAGCAAGGAGGCGGCAGCAAAACCAGACACCUCCUAAGGGUUCUUCUUCUCAGCACAGCAGGCAGUACCGUUAAGCAGCAGCACAAACCCAACCCCACUGGCAGCAUCCCUUCCCUGGCAGCCCCACCAACUUGAGGCGGCAGCAGCAGCAGCAGUAACAGGUGCAUGAACAGAAGGAAGAGGAUCCACCUGAGUUGAAAGCAAUGGAAGGGGAGGGACUGUCCUUGCCUAAUGGGACGAGUGACAGCAGCACUGACGCUCUUGCUCAUGGCUGACUGCUCUGACUGGCAGCAACAGCAGCAGCAGCAGCAGCUCCCCAGGUUUCAGACCAAGUCCAGAUGAUGUCAUCAUGUAAUCUAACGCUGACCAGGAUGCAAUCAGCCAUGAACUCCCUGCCCUCCUUCCUCCAGGAUGAUCCUUCAUCACAUGCUCUUCCCGGGACACACCUGGCCAGCACUCAAGAUGCUGCUGCUGAGCCUGGAAGCAGAGGAGGAGGAGAGCUGGCCUUGUGGUAGUGAGCGGCAUGACUGGUCCCCUUUGCUAAGCAGGGUCCACCCUGGUUGCAUAUGGAAGGGAGACGAGAAGUGUGGAGAAGUGUGAGCACUGGAAGAUCUUCCCCUUAUUAGGGGAUGGAGCCGCAUCUCUGGGAAGAGCAUCUGGGUGCCAAGUCCUCUCCCUGGCAGCAUCUCCAAGACAGGGGGGCUGAGAGAGACUCCUGCCUGGACCUUGGAGAAGCCGCUGCCAGUCUGUGAAGACACUCCUGAGCUAGAUGGACCAAGGCUCUGGCGCAGUAGAUGGCCGCCUCCUCUGUUCCUAUGAAGCAGCCGCUGCCUCUCUUGGGGCCUGCCUCUUUCUCACCACAUUUCGCCAGGAAGGGCGCUCAGCCAAGGCCUGAGAUCACCAUCCCCAAAGAAAGCUGGGACCCCCGUUCGGCUGGCAGCGUCCAUAUUUGAUGCGGAGGAGGAGAAGGGCUCGCCUGGACAAGGCCAAGGGGCUGGGAUCUCCUGGCUGGGGAGGAAGCCGCUGGGAGGAGGGGGCCCCUGCCGCCUCUCUGUGGCCGCUGGUGCCAGGGCAGGGAGGCGGGCAGGCGGCGGCAGCAGCAGCAGCAGCAACCGCCCCCACGGUGGCCACGGAUGGGCACCCGAGAGAAGAAGCCGAGAAGGGCCGGCGCGCCCCUGGCGGGGGGCUGCUGCCUUGGAGACGGCCACCCAUAGCCGGUGGGGGGCAUGAGCCGCAGCUGGGAUGCCGAGGAGGAGCUGCGAAGAAGAGGGGCGCAAGGCCCUCGCGGGCUUCCCCGCCGAAAGACUCCUCCUCGCAAAGGGGAAAGCAGCUCUUCUAGCGGCGGGCGCGAGAGAGCCGAGGCUGCUGCCUCCGUCGGGGCGGGGUGGGCUGCCUGCCCGCCCGCCCGCCAUAGCCACGGGGGUCGGGAGCGGGAUGCCGCCCUGGGCCGCGGCAGGCGCGCGGGUGGCCGGCAGGGGGCGCCUGGCGACUGGGAGCCGCCGCUGUGUUGCAACCGGAGCCCCGGCCGGGAGGCGGGGCGGGCGGGCGGGCGCCCCAGGAAGAAGAGCCGCAGUCCGGCCAGCAGCAGAGGAGCGCGCCGGCUGCGGUCCAGUGGCACCCGCUGUCUGCUCUCCGCCGCCGGCCUCAUGCAGCCCCAGCCGGCUCUGAGCGGCGCCCCCGCAGCAGCUGCUGCCCCGCUCAGCAUGGCACCUGCCAAGAAGAUCAGGGCCAAGAUCAAGAAGACCCUGCCCGUGACCGGCCCCCAGGCGCCCACCCUGCGAGAGCUGAUGCGCUGGUACUGCAUGAACACCAACACCCACGGCUGCCGGCGCAUCAUCGUCUCGCGCGGCCGCCUGCGCCGCCUGCUCUGGAUCCUGCUGACUCUGACCGCCGUCGGGCUGAUUGUGGGCUACUGCGUGCAGCUGGUCAGGAACUACUACAUGGCCUCCGUCUCUGUCACCGUCCAGUUCCACAAGCUCCCCUUCCCAGCCGUCACCAUCUGCAACAUCAACCCCUACAAGUACUCCGCCAUCAAGGAGCAUCUGAAGGAACUGGACAGGGAGACCAUGGAAGCCCUGCGGAUGCUGUACAACUUCACGGGAAGCAGCCCCAGGGAGCGCCGCGAGGCCGGGAGCCCAGAGGACCGGAAGUUCCUGAAGCAUUUCCCCCUGAUGAAGCUGGAGGACCCCCGUCGGAAGACUGCGCACGACAUCAUGACGGGCCACAAGCGGCGGGUCGCGGACAUCGUCCCGGCGGGUGCCAGCAUGGUGACCGUCAAGAACCCUGAGGACAUUGUCGGCUUCCAGCUGUGCGACGCCCACAACAAGAGCGACUGUGCCCUCUACACGUUCAGCUCGGGCGUCAAUGCCAUCCAGGAGUGGUACAAGCUGCACUACAUGAACAUCCUGGCCCAGAUUGACGCCGAGGAGAAAGUGAACAUGAGCUACUCGGCCGAGGAGCUGCUGCUGAGCUGCUUCUUUGACGGCCUCUCUUGCGACUCCAGGAACUUCACCUCCUUCCAUCACCCGCUGCAUGGAAACUGCUACACUUUCAACAGCAAGCAAGACGGGAAGAUCCUGAGCACGUCCACAGGAGGCAGCGAGAACGGGCUGCAGGUGAUCCUGUAUAUCGACGAAGCGGACUACAACCCCUUCCUGGUGACGUCCACAGGGGCGAAGAUUGUGGUCCAUGACCAGGACGAAUACCCCUUCAUCGAAGACAUCGGCACCGAGAUCGAGACGGCGACAGCCACCUCCAUCGGCAUGCACUUUACCAAGUCCAGGCGCCUCAGCAAGCCGUACAGCAACUGCACAGAGACGGGCGAAGACAUCCCUGUCAGGAACCUCUACAACAAGACCUACUCCUUGCAGAUCUGCCUCCACUCCUGCUUCCAGACCUACAUGGUGGACAAGUGCGGCUGUGCCCAGUAUGCCCAGCCCCUGCCUCCUGGCGCCCAGUUCUGCAACUACAAGAAGAACCCCAACUGGAUGUACUGCUACUACAAGCUGCACGAGCAGUUCGUCAAGGAGGAGCUGGGCUGCCAACAGACGUGCAAAGAAGCCUGCAGCAUGAAGGAGUGGACGCUCACCACCAGCCUCGCUCAGUGGCCAUCGACAGCCUCCGAGAAAUGGAUGCUCCGAGUUCUCUCCUGGGACAAAGGAAGGAAAAGCAACAGGAGGCUGAACAAGACAGACUUGGCCAACCUCGUGGUGUUCUACAAAGACCUGAACGAGAGGUUUAUCUCGGAGAACCCGGCCAACGACGUCGUCAGCCUGCUCUCCAACUUUGGCGGCCAGCUGGGCCUGUGGAUGAGCUGCUCCGUGGUCUGCGUCCUGGAGAUCGUGGAGGUCUUCUUCCUGGACACCCUCAGCAUCAUCCUGCGCCGUCGCUGGCAGAAGGCCAAGAGGUGGUGGGGGGGCCGGAGCGGGGGGCAAGGCCAGGGGGGUGCGGGGGCCCCCCCGGACGACACCAGCGGGGGGCAGGGCCACGACAACCCCACUUGCGUCCCAGACGACGACGACGACGACCUGCCGACCUUCAACACCGCCAUGCGGCUGCCGCUGCCCCCCGCAGAGAAGCUGCCCCCCAGGACUCCUCCGCCCAACUACAGCACGCUGCACCUGCAGAGCACCUUCUCCGAGCAGCUGGGGGACACCCAGGAGGGCAGGGGCCAGUGACGCCCGCAGAGGAGCUGCUGGGCCUUCUGGCCGGCUCCUGCCUGCGCUGGCUGCGUGCCCUGGAGAGAGAGGGGGGCGGUGCCCGGCCAGCACCCUGCAAGGCCCACCCCCUGGGGGGCUGCUGUGCUGAUGGAGAACUG